GUGCCUGUUUGCAUCCAUGUAUGAUGUAUGUAUACUUUUCCCGUUUUAGGGUAAGGUUAAAAUCCAAAAAGGAAAACAAAUAUCAGCACAAGUUCGAGCGUAUUGCGCGCGCAGCUGGGAUAUCGCGUUCCAACUUGUCUCGCGUCGGAGCCCUAUAAAUAGCGGACACACCGACCUUGCAGUCAGUGCUCGCUCGGUGAGCAAGGUGCAAACAGUGAAGCAAUUGAAAGUGCCUCUCUACCAUCUUGAAGCAUACUUGUGCAUUAAAGGAAAGAAGUUAUUGAAAUUCGUUGUGCAAAAUCAUUAGUGUUUGUGGUUAGUCAACAAUUAUUGGAUUAAUAAUAAGAAUACACUGUGAAGAAUAAAACAUUUAGGAGAGACUUGAAGUGUCGCCCUCGCAGCCAAUCCUUCUCAGCAAACUUUUCCUCGAGAACAUGGCUGACAAAACUCCACCUUACAUUCCGGAGGAUUACCUUCCCCUGGAGGAAGAGACUGCUCUUCGAUCUCAAGUUGUUCGAACCAACUCAUUGUUCUGUCAGUCUCUACUGCGGGAAAUGUCUGAGAAUUCAUUGAUUUUGCUUCCCAAAGCAAAAUCAGAUAAAGAUUUAGCCAAGAGUGAUUAUUUCUCUUCUGAAUCGAAAGAAAAUUCGAACGUGACGCCGGAUUCGUUAUUCAAAUUAAUAAGGCGAUGCAGUGGCAUGAAGACUUCAGUAUCAGGAAAUAUGUUCAAUGACCAGAUAGAGAAAAUAUCAAGCAAUGUGCCUUCAGAUAUUUCAUCAGAGGAAACGUCAAAUAAAACGGCGCCUGAACUACCGAUGGAAAGAUUCUGCAGCACAAAUAGAGACAUUUCCGCCAAAGAAGUGGAGGUUCUAUCAAGUCAAGUCCCGUCUAAAGAAUCCUCUCUGAAGAGGUCGAGGAACCUAUCUAGUGAGGGAGAAUCUGAGGAUUCAUUCGAAAAGAGAGCUAGGGUUUCAGCAGAGGAAAUUGGUACAGGAGAGCAAGGAAAGGAAAUGUUUCUUAUUUCACCGGUUAUGUCACCAAUGACACAAGACAUGCCACCUGAGGCUCCAUCAGAAGGAACUAUGACAGAAACAAAUGUAGAAUGCGGGGUCUCGCCUAAUGAAGAUAAGUCAGAAGGCCAAGUAGCAGAGGAAGAGGUAGAGAAAUCUGAGGCCAACAUGACCAGUGAGGAAUCCAUGGAUGUUCCAAGUGUGGAAUCUGGGAAAAUGUCUCAGAGUUCAUCAUCUGUGCCAGAUCAACAGGUGUCAAUCGCUGUUGAUAAAGAAAAAAGUUCUGAAGGCGACAGGUGUUCAAUUUGUGGAAAAAGAAAUUGUCCUUCAGAUCCUAAACUGCGUUCGAAAAUAACCACUACCAGUGAGAAAUCCACAGAUGUAACAACUGCAGAAGCUGAGAAAUGUCUCAGAGUUCAUCUGCCAGAUCAACAGCAGGUGUCAGUUGCUAUUGCUGAAGAAAAAUCUUCUGAAGGCGACAGGUGUUCGAUUUGUGGGAAAAGAAAUUGUCCUGCAGAUCCUAAACUGCGUUCGAAAAUAAGCCAAAUGCCCAUGCCCCAAAAGUCACUUGUUGGGAAACCAAAGUCUCCACGAAAGUCCAAGUUCUCCCAGGUUAAUGUUAUGAAGGUGAAGAAGACGAAGACUCCAUUCAAACACUGCAUUUAUACUCGAAGUUUAACAAACAGAUUGGCUAAACGCAUCGCUAAUCACACACCACUUCAUGUCUUCAAGUUAAAGGGUCAGCUCUUCAAAGCAGUGGAAGAUGGAGAUGUGGUAAAAGUGCAGGAAUUAAUACAAGAUACAGGAGCAGCUGUGAGGAAAAACAAGAGCAGAUGCACACUCCUUCACACUGCAGCGUCUCACAACCAAGCGGAUGUGGUGAUGUUUCUGCUGAAAUUGAUCAGUCCCAAUAUUACCAACGAGGAGGGACAGACUCCAGCUCACGUGGCCGCUGAAAAGGGUCACACGCAAGUGCUGAAACUUUUAAUGAGUGACUCUGACUUCGAUGCCGACAAACGGGAUAAUUGCCACAACACAGUAAAAACCCUACUUGGUGGCCAUCUGUUCAAGGCCGUAUUAGAAGGGAACAAGAAAGAAGCAGAAAGACUGUUGGCAGUUGGUGCAGACCCAGACAGUCACGGUGGAAAGCUGGUGAAUGGAGUGUUGGCACGAGAGCUUGGAGUGACUACAGCUGGCCUCCUUGCCAGUGCCCUGAAUAUGGAAUGGGCUGUAACCAUGUUUGCCAAGAAUGCAAGAAAUGAUAAAACCGGUGAAACUGGCCUUCUGACAUCAGCUGUCUCAAACUCUGUGCAGCUUAAAGUUCCCUCACGACAAUUUCGUGUGAGACAUGCAACGGCAAUUCAAGGAGGUGCUGAUGUGUACAAGAUGGACAAGGAGGCACGAGGCUUUGUUCGCAUCUUGAACUUCAGUUGUUUCAAGGACAGAUCCGACCUGAACCUUCAGCAACUCGACUACGAUGCUUGCAUAAUGUCAGAUGUAUUUGAUAAGAUGGGAUACAUGUGUAAAACACACUCGUCACUCACGGCUCAGCAGACUAAGGAGGUCAUGAAAAACAUUAGGGAUGGUGAUGAGCUAACAGACGUCGGAUGUGCUAUAUUUGUCAUUUGUGGAUAUAGUGUAAAUGGCAGGAGUGUUCUUACGUCUGACAUGAAAUGUGUAGACAUCGACUAUAUGUUGAAUGCGUUCAAAGAUUCCGAAUGUCCUCAGCUCAAAAACAAACCCAAACUUUUCAUCUUUAACUUGUUUAACAUGAAUGAAGUUAUCGAGACUUCAAGCAGUGAAAGUCCAAAAGUGAUGAGGUUGACAGAUCCCCUGAACGACAUGGCUUGUCUAUAUUCGAACAGCAUUGGUGUGAACUGCGUCCCGAAUGGGAAAGGAACCUCCUUCAGCUGGUCCUUGUGUCGCACUUUGGCAGAACAUGCUGCUGAGCAUGAACUUUGUGAUUUUUACAGAGAAUUCCUGAAAGAAUACAACAAGAGCUCUCCUAGUUUCUCACCUGAAUUGAGGUACUUUGGCUUCACCAAGAAAUUCUUCUUUAAUCCUAUGUAAAUUGAAUGAGACCUCUUGAAAGAGUU